AUGAAUCUAUUGAAGGAUGCUAGAUUGAUAAAGAUUGUUUCAGAUAUUAGACUUUGCUAUGAAAAUAUUAUUAAAGAGUUUAUUGUGAACCUAUCUCCUGAUUGCAAUAUUGAAGGAAGUCAAAAGUAUAAAAAGGUUUAUGUUAGAGGGAAAUGUGUGAAGUUUUCACCCUCCAUUAUUGAUGCAUAUCUGGAAAGAAACAAGUCAGGUGAGUCUGGAAAAGUUCUCUCCAUGGACAAUAUUUCCAAGGAAAUCAUUGUUGGACAAGUGAAACAAUGGCUCAGUAAAUGGUUACUUUAUUGUGGCAAACUGAGUGUGAAGUAUGUUGUUUUGAACAGGAUAGACCAUGAAACAUGUUACUCAUAUGUUGUCAAGCUUCCAAUAGCUCUCCCUUUCUUAAUUACUGAGAUCAUCUUGAAGCAGCACCCCAAUAUAGUGCAUGUUGAAGAAAUGAAGAACAAGAAGCCUCUGCCACUGACUCUUAACAAAAAGUUGAUUGUGGGGACACAUGUCCCAGACAUUAUGGUCAAGCAUCAUGGUCAGACUGUUGUUGGAAUCUCUUCACCUGCAUCCAAAGCCACCAGAAAAAAUAUGUUGUCUGAGCUGAUGGAAGUUUCAAAAGCUUUGCAAGAAACUAUUACCCCAAGUACCAUAAAAAAGAGGAGUGUGGAUGGCUUGAUCAAAAUUCUAACCAAGGAGAAUGAUGUUGAGGAUGAAGACAAAGUUGUCACUGAAUAA